CUUACCAGAGUUAGUGAAACUGAGACAUUGUGCAAGUUGACAGCCGGUUUGACGACUGUACUGUACUCUUUGAACAUGCGCGGUUCAUUCUCGAUUCUCCAGGGCGUAGUUCACUAGUUUUCUUGUGGCACUAUUCAAACUUCCUCCUAAUCACAGUAGUCCCGACCGGCUGGCUAAGAAGCAACAUGCUAAGAGCGAAAGGAAGAGAAUCGACUAUUCAACAAAGUCGUGUAAGGUUGUAUGAAGAUACAGUCGUGAGGAGGAAAUCGAGCAAGCUCUCUUCCGACGAAGAACUAACAAUUACAACUUCAAGAAUUUUACGAACAUCAAGCUCAGGGGAAGACUAUGUUUCAGUGGAGUUAACGGGUUGGCGGAAACAAGCAUCCGUUCCAAAGUUUGAGAUCGAUGUGUCUUGCCCUGGGUGCAGCUAUAACGUUAGUGAACCCGAGCUCAAGAUCACAGUCUCCUACAGCUAUGCCGGCAAAGAUGGACGCAUAAAGAAAGAUCAUGUGCUAAAAAUGAAAUCUCGAGAGCAGCUCACAGCCUGGACUGCAGAACUUAUUCAAGCUUCAACGUUUGAGCCAGAGAACACGUUUCAACGUUGCUUUCACGUCACUGUUCCCGAGAUUGGUUCCGAGCAUUCAGAGGAGACCGAGCCGACGUUUGAACAUUAUAUAUUACAAGCUCAUCAUCCCUGUAAUUGUCAAUUAGUGAUUCGUCAUCCUUUGAGUCUAAGGGACGUCAAGCUUUGGGAUCUUUCAAAGACUAAGGCAUUUACGUUUGAGUUUUUUCCAAACCCUCUUUUUCGUUUCCAGCUGACCGACGAGUUGUUGUCGUCCGAUGCAUCGAGCGAGUCAGAGCAAGUGGAGACAGUAUAUUUCCUGUCAAGUCUAGUGGCACGGCAGGCGCUGGACUUGGUAGAGUUGCUCCUGAGCACUAGAAUGCCUAAGCUUUAUCUGAAAGCGAAUAAGCACGUCUAUACUCGUCAGACAUCACAAGGUAACGUCGCAAAAGCGGUUACUUUUGACUUUAAGAGCAGCAGUGGACCCUCCGGCCAACAAGUGUUGUCCAAGAGUUUUGUAGAUUUUGAACCCAAACUUCCUUCUUACUCCCCUUCCAGAAUUGGUGAUAAAGAUGCAAGUCCGUAUGCUGUUGUCGACUUGCCUUCCACGUGCACAGUAGCAGCUCGUCUUCCACCGACGGAUCUCCUUCGUCCAGGAAUCGCGCAGUCUCGAGUAUUGGGAGACUGCGAUUACGUGAGCAUGUCGAGAGUGGAGAUUUGCGAUCCACCCCUACCAGAUAAUACGCUAACGGUUGGUAUUCAGUCUUCGGAGUCAGAUCAUGAUUACGAUGACGUUGCAGAAGAUGUAUCCGUAUUUGAUGACGAUUACGAACUUAUGGCGGCAGGUGUAACUCCGUCACUCACGGCACUGACCAAUUGCAAGGUAGGUGGCAAGCAGAGCGAGGAAGAAGCUAGUUCAACGGAUGAGCCCUCCAGUGAAGUCAUGUAGGGAUGUGUGUCAUGUUGGUUGUAGCAAGUUGCUGAUAGAUUUCUAGAACAUUUGAGGUCGCAUUUGACUAGACGUCUAGGUAGCUGCAGGAGAUUAUAGCGUAUGUCUGUCCGAUUAUAAACGGAAGUGUUUUCAUUUCUAAUUCUCGGUUUAAACAAAAAAAAUUUAAAUACUUUUUGCCGGUGUUUGCAGUCAGGACAAAUUUGGAACACUGACAUUUAGUAUUUAGUGUAUAAAGUGUAGCAGAUUUCUUAGAGUGUACCUGUAUUUAUAGUUUAUCCUCAACUGUUUCUGUCUAGUACCUGGUGAA